AAUCAAAUUUAUCUAUUUGGUUUGAGUUAUUUAUUUAUUUGGUCCUUCAUAGUGAACUGCAGUUCCAUAGAGUGGUAAAGGUGCAUUAUGUUUUCUUUUCCAUUACAAUGUGUCACACUCUGCACACAGACCUCUUGAGGCGUGUCAUGGAGUAAAUGUUUAACCGUCAUAGCUAAGGAGAAAGCAGUCAGCAUCUUAGGUUUUUAUUAUCUGUCUGUUGUGAACCUUGUCCGUCCACAGUGCCUUAGUCUGAGUAGGUACAAAUGCCAAGCACACAGGACUUCAUGAGGUCCUUAAAAGGCGGCCAGAAUGCACAGAAAUCCACAGAAGGGAUUGACAACCCAGCUCUGGUCAUGACUGAUGAUCCUGAUCCAAGCGUGGUGCCGAGACUGUGCCACCUGAAGCGUUCAGAGGGCCAAAGCUUUGGCUUUCAUCUGUGUAAGUACAGCCAGGCUUUUGAGAUCACAGAUCUGGACCCAUGGAGUCCUGCAGAGCACAGUGGCCUCAAGGAUGGAGAUCGAGUAUUGGAGGUGAAUGAGGAAUAUGUGGUCAACAUGGAUUUUAACAGGGUUGCGAGAAAGAUCCAGUCAUGUGGCUUACACCUAUUUCUUCUGGUGCUGAAGAAGGAAGAGUAUGAAUGGGCAGUGUCUAUAGGCGUGGACCUAAAAUUCCUGGCCGAAGCCACCAAAGGGGAUCACUGGUCUAGACCCAGGCUGUGUCACAUCCAAAAACACCCAAAGCAUGGCCUAGGAAUGACUGUUGUCUCAGUGGAUGGUCAAAAGAAUCAAUAUAUGGUGAGAACAGUUAUUGAUGGUCCAGCAGAGAAAGCAGGUAUCUUCAAUGGUGACAGACUGAUCUGGAUUAAUGGACUGAUGGUGUCCACUCUCAGAUACUCAGCUGUCAUCAAAACUUUGAAGAAGAGAGGGGAUUCAGUGACAGUGCUUGUUAUUGACAGUGACAGUGAGUCAUGCUAUAUCAGAAGGAAAAUGCCCAUCAUGCCUGUGGUGGCACAAAGCUGCAGCCUCCCCCACAGUGCUAAGACCAUGAAUCUGGUGAAGGGAAGUGAUGGAUAUGGCUUCCUGUUGAGACAAGAAAAGCUGGCAUGCACACAACAAAAAGUUCAUGUGCUGAGAGAAGUGGAUAUGGGGAGUCCAGCUGAGGGUGCAGGAAUGGAGGAUGGAGACCUGCUGCUAGCUGUCAAUGGAGAACCUAUUGAGUCCAUGGAGCAUGAAGACAUUGUUAGAAAGAUUAGACAGAGUGGUGAUAAAGUCUCGCUUACAGCUAUAUCUAUUCCAGGAAGAGACUUUUACAGAGAGUUAGGCAUUUCUCCUCUGUUAUUUCAUGAAGACUGUUCUCACCGCUGCAUUAACAACUGGGAGGAAGCUCCUCUAAGAAAACAGGACAGAAAGGAGGCUGACUCUGGUUUCCACUCAGGUUAUGUCCCAGAACUGCCAGAAACCGUAAGGAUACAGUACCCUCCUGGCCAGAGUGAAUACUGCACAGAAUCUAGUUACCUCACAAGGGAAAUCUCUGAAGAUUUAGGUCCAUUGACCAAGAUUUCUGAGAGAACACAUUAUAUUUACUUGUGAUGGCAACGAACAAAAAUAGAAUUGACCAAGGCCAUCCAGUGGACAGAGCUUAACUUUAAAAAAAUUAAAGAUUUAACAGCUGAUGAAGAUGUGACUGAAGACAAUGUCUUCGUCUGGAUUCAGGCAUGCUUGGUUAUGGGCAGCCUCCCUUUUGAUUUGGACACUGAUCACCAGAUUUGCGACAAAACAGUAGUAUUUUACUUCUUUGUAGUUAUAAAUUCACAAAUGACUUCAUUGUGUUAGUAAUGCUGUCAUCAUAUUGACUGAAAACUGAAUAAUUACUUCUCUGUAUACGCCUAGAUAUUUCAUAUACUUGGUACAAAAAUAUAUUUUGACAAUGUGCCAUCAGUGCAUAGAGAUUCUGUAUUUUAUUCAUUCAGUCCUCUCAAUUAAUGAACCGACUGUUCAUUAAGAGAUUUUUGUUUUGUCACCUAGUUAAUUCAAGUCACAAAACCUCCUGAAUAUUUUUUGGUGCCUAUGCCUUCUUUGUGUGCAAAUAUCUAAUAAAAGAUCAAUAAAUAAUAACUUAAGUAGGUUAAAUUCACAGGUACCUACUUUACUUGAGCUUUUGGCUUCCCUUUUAUGCCUCUCUGCUGCUGUUGGACUUUUGUAUAUAAAAAACAAGUCACCCAGUUGUGCGUAGUACAACUACAAUUAUUAAUUAGUCCAGAUUAAUUAGUUAAUCCAUUUCUGAUUUGCUUUUUGCUUCUUUUUUUUUUUUAGACAAAAACAAAGAACUAGAUUGAGAAACUGCAUCUUAGGUCGUAAAAUGCCCUUUGUAAAAUAAAACCGUAUGAUAUGGUCAUUUCAUUUUGUUUUGUUUCAUUAUCGAAAGACUUUGGAGAGAAACAGACAAAAGGCAGUUUUUCAGGCAGAAGAAUAAAAUUAUAUGGUUUGAAAAUGCCAUGUCACUGCUUUCCUCAUCCCUUGCACAGAUCAAUCCACAUGUUCAUGGCACGACUUUUUUCUCUGGAAUAUGCUGAGCAAACCUGUAUGUAGAUGGAGAAGCUUCAGUUUAAGAGAUUAUUGUUGACAUUUCUGUGAUUCUUAUAUGUGAUACACUGAUUUAAUGAGUAAAUGUUUA